AGUGGCUAGCUUUGAGGCUGACGUCUGUUUCGGGACAGGUGGACUCUCCGGUUCGACGAGCCGCUGUUGUUCUCACAACAAAAGGGACCCGAACCGGAGAAACGUUUUAAUUUCUCUACGGAACGCAAACGUGGACACGUCAUCGUGAAUUUAAACAGUUUCCACUCAUUUUUAGUAUUAAUUUUAGCGGGUUUUGUGUGAAAACAAUGUCCCAGGGACAACAGAGAAAUUCAGGAAAAUACUGCGCAGUCACAGUUUAAUGGGAGCGGUGACCUGAGCAGAUAUGCCAGCUGACGACAAGGUUGCCAUCCUGACGGACGAUGAGGAGGAUCAGAAGAGGAAGUAUGUGUUGGCGGAGCCGUUUAACACUCUGUCCAUGGCGCAGCAGGAAGGCGUGUCCACGCCGGCGCCGCCUGAGCCGCUGCCGGCGCCACAGCCUGACCCGGUGGACUGCUGCGAGAGGAUGUGCCUCCGCAUCAACAGCCACCUGCUCAUUUCUAAAGUCUUCUACUUCUUCUUCUACGCUGCCUACGGCUCGCUGCACCCUCUGCUGGCGGUCUACUACAAACAGCUCGGCAUGUCGGCCAGUCGGAGCGGCCUGCUAGUUGGCAUCCGGUACUUUAUAGAGUUCUGCAGCGCCCCCUUCUGGGGCAUAGUGGCGGACCGCUUUAAGAAAGGGAAGGCGGUGCUGCUGUUUUCCGUCAUGUGUUGGUUGGUCUUUAACUGUGGCAUUGGGUUUGUCCAACCAGCAGAGAUGAAGUGUGUUUCUAUGGUGACGGUUUCCCCGCCGACCACCACUGUUCCUCCUGGGAACGUCACCAACCCGAGCAACUCCACCAACCACACCAGAAGCCGGCGGAGCGUCAUGGACUUCCCCAGAGAUCCUGAAGUCUCGCACAGUUCCUUCAGUAUUCUCUACAGGCAACAACGAAGCAUCGACAACUCGACGUCCAUCAACACCACGGAGGUUGCACCCAACACCACCCUACAGACCACCACCCCCACCCCGACUACGACCACCAAGAAGGACUACCAGAUCAUCUACAACCAGGACCAGGUGGAGAAAAUCUUCCUGCUGAUCCUGCUCGUCAUCAUCGUGGGCGAGUUCUUCAGCGCCCCCGCCGUGACCAUCGUGGACACCGUCACCCUGCAGUACCUGGGGAAGGCCCGCGACCGGUACGGCCUGCAGAGGAUGUGGGGGUCCCUGGGCUGGGGCCUGGCCAUGCUGGCGGUGGGCAUCUGGAUCGACCACACGCACAUCACCGUCCUGAUCGACGGCAUCGGCUGCAUCCUGCCUGAGUACCGCCUGCACAACUACCGCCUCGCCUUCAUCAUCUUCGGCGUGCUGAUGGGCGUGGCCUUCGUCGUGGCGACUCAGUUCUACUUUGAGAAGGGUGAGGAGUACCGGCAGGAGCUGCCGGAGGAGGUGGAGGACUCGGCGAGCUGCCAGGCCUCACCAGACUCCGGCUCGUCGGACCAGACUCCGGCGGUAUCCGAGGCCACCCAGGAGUUCCACUACGGCGACCUGCUGAGGCUGCUGUGCACGGUGCGCUACAGCUCCGUCCUCUUCGUCGCCUGGUUCAUGGGCUUCGGCUACGGCUUCGUCUUCAGCUUCCUGUACUGGCACCUGGAGGACCUGAAGGGGACCACCACGCUGUUCGGGGUCUGCUCCAUCCUCAGCCACAUCUCUGAACUCGGAGCUUACUUCACCAGCCACAAGUUCAUCGAGCUUGUUGGUCACGUCAGGGUUCUGUACAUCGGCCUGGCCUGCAACACGGCGCGCUACCUGUACAUCUCCUACCUGGAGAACGCCUGGAUCGUCCUGCCCAUGGAGGUUCUGCAGGGAGUGACCCACGCCUCGGUCUGGGCCGCCUGCAUCUCCUUCCUGAGCGCCGCCGUCCCCCCGGCGCUCAGGACGUCGGCUCAGGGGAUCCUGCAGGGCCUCCAUCUGGGCCUGGGCCGGGGCUGCGGCGCCAUGGUGGGAGGCGUGUUCGUCAGCUACUUUGGCGCUGCGGCCACAUUCAGAGGAAUCGGCAUGGCCUCCCUGGUCAUCCUCCUCAUCUUCUCCUUCAUCCAGUGUCUGACCGGAGAGAUCGAAGGAAAAGAGGACAGGAUUCUGGCGGAGAACAUCCCUGUUCCCUCCAGCCCAGUCCCCAUCGCCACCAUCGACCUGGUCCAGAGCCAGAGCGCCCCCGGCAGCCCGGUGGCGCCUCAGCCGGUCGCCACGGCGCCCGUCAGGAAGACCAAACACCAGGAGGACCAGGAGGACGUGACCAGGCCGGCCUGGAUGCUCUCCGGCGCCCCCUGGGUCACCAUCGCCUUCGUGUUGGUCCAGAUCAGAGAGAUGAUGAAGAUGAAGAAGAGCGCCCCCCCUGCAGAAAAUCAGCCACUGCAGGUGAACACCAACACAGUGUUCAGCACAUCAGCCAGACAGCAGAGUGUAUUCACCAUAAAACUGAAGCCAGAGAGGAGAAAGAUGCCAGUUAACCUUCAUAUAGAGCAAUAAUAUUUACUAAACUACAAGCAGUGGUAGUUAGGGUGAUGUCUGUAAGUCUGUCCAAUGAUGAACAAUAAAGUCUUUUAAUUAAAGACCUAAAAGCUUCUGGUACCUCCAGCUGCAUGUCUGUUUCAUUCACUGAUGAUAAUUUCUUUUAUUUGAGGAUUAAGUGAACAAGAUGAGCUGAAGUUUGUAAUUCAGACUUUAGCACUAAAAGUUGAGGAUUGUUUUUAUUUGUCAACCUGAUAGAAACAGAACAAAAAGUUUCUUCUAUUUAGUUUCUACAUUUAUUCAUGAAACUCCUGACAUCUUGAAUCUUUAUUUUAUUUCAGUCUUUCCUUCUUGUUCUGUGAAUUAUCCUGUUUUUAACUUUUUGUUUGCCACUAAAACUUCAUCUCUGUUUUCUACAAAUUCAUCUGUUGCUACAGAAAUGUUUUCACCUUUUAAUCACUUUAGCAACACAAACUUCAGGGUUUUUCACAAGUAACAGGAAAUAAUUUACAACCAGAAAUCUUAAAAGUGUGGCAUACAUUUGCAUUCUGCCCUCAUUAACCAGAAACUUCCCCAAAUAAAAAACAAACUGACCUCAAAACAGGAUGUCCACACAUCCUUGAAGUCUUCAAUUUAUGUAUUUAAAAUCAAGGGCUUUUAAUGCGUCUUAAUACCAGAAAGUUUUGAUUCAAGGAGCUGAAUGUGACUCUGAUAAAACCCAGAAGUUUGUGGUGUUGUGCUAACCUCUGUAGCAGCAGAGCUAGCGUAGCCACCGUGUGACUGUUUCCAUGUUGACGUGUGUCUUCUUCAUGGUUUAAUCUUCACUAACCAGACUCUUCCUCCUCUCAUCGGCUGUCUGCUCAAACUGCAGAAAGGUGAGGCGUGUUGGUGGAAAAUACCGUGUGCAGGGUGUUGGAGGGCUGACGUGUGUGUGUGUGUGUGUGUGGGCGUGUCCCUGCAUGCAAACGUCUAACACAUCUGUUCGAUGAUGUCAUGUCUGCGGUACGCCUUCGUGUUUUGCUCACUGCUGACGUCAGGAUUGGUUAGCAUGUUGCUUUUUAGACAUUUUUCUUGCUAGUUGGUUCCAGAAACAUCCUGUCGGCUCAUUCGGUCGGUCUGUCCGUCCGUCGGUCUGUUCUGUGAAGCAUCUUCUGAAUACCAGAAACGCUGAGUCAGCAUUGAGUUCACAUGAAACGGAGAAAAACCAGGCAAACAAGACCUGGAGCUCUGGGUGAGGUCAUGAGGAGGAUACAAGAAUAAUGAGCUCUUCAAAAAUAAAGCAGAACUAAUUAUGUAAUACCAGAAAACAACUGAAGGGGGCGCGGCUCAGUUCUUUGCACAUGUAGUAAUUGAUUAAUCAAUAACUCUAGAGUAAAAAAGAUGGUUAAUUACUGCAGUCAAAGCCGUAAUUAAGCCAAAACUGGACAAAAAAUCAAAACAUUUUGCAUCUAAAAUGAAAAACAUUUUUCUCAAUAAAUUUGUUCGACCUCCAGUGUUUUUUACUUCAUGUGAGAAAUUUAAUUAUUUGCAUCUUUUAUGCGAUCAAUCACCAGAAUAAUUAAUUAACGGUCAGAAUAAUUAAUAUUUAUUUUCUAAAUUUAUUGAGAACAAAGUCAGAUUUCUCUUUUUGAACAAAACUUAAAGAAGACUGCUUCUGAUUCUUUUGAGAUGACGCGUCCUCCUGCCAGGCAGAAAUUCCAGUUCCAUAAUGCUGCCACCACCGUGCUUCUCUGUGGUUUCACCGCCCUCUAGUGGUUUGUACCAACCAGACUUAUUGAAGUCAGAACAGUGAAGUUUAACUGUGGUUUCAGUAGAUCAGGACUUUCUGCAUCUCUGUGGGAGACGUCAGUUUUUCUAACACAACGGUUAAAAAAGGAAGAAACAAAAAGUUUGUCAAAAACUGAAUCUGAAUGAUUGAUUUAGAGAAAACAAAGAAGGUUAAAAAAACUAAGUACAAUUAAUUAAUAUAAUAGAAUAGAAUAAGGAAAAAGAAAAAUAACAAAAUGAAAAAAAUUACGGAAAGUAAAAAAAUUCAAAAAUAUUGGAAAAUAAAGAAAAUUAAUAAUUAGAAGAUUGGAAACAAGAUGGACAAUUACAUAAUAGUGAUUUGUUUAGAGUUUAUUGGUUUUUGAGUUUUAUUAUCAAUACAUUACAGGGAUCAGGUAUCAUCACUCGGCCUUAUUGGUAAUUAAUAAUAGUCCAAUAAUUAGUUGGGUUUGAACGGCUGGAGCAGAAACGCCCCUCAGAUCCUCCUCAUCCUCAUGUGAUGAAGGCCUGUUGGGGCAGAUUGAGUGACGGUUUGGUGCUGGAUUAUUGACCCGGUCUGGAUUAUUGACCCGGUCUGGAUUAUUGACCCGGUCUGGAUUAUUGACCCGGUCUGGGUUAUUGACCCGGUCUGGAUUAUUGACCCGGCCUGGGUUAUUGACCCGGUCUGGAUUAUUGACCCGGUCUGGAUUAUUGACCCAGUCUGGGUUAUUGACCCGGUCUGGGUUAUUGGCUCGGUCUGGAUUAUUGACCCGGUCUGGAUUAUUGACCCGGUCUGGGUUAUUGACCCGGUCUGGGUUAUUGGCUCGGUCUGGAUUAUUGACCCGGUCUGGAUUAUUGACCCGGUCUGGAUUAUUGACCCGGUCUGGAUUAUUGACCCAGUCUGGGUUAUUGACCCGGUCUGGGUUAUUGGCUCGGUCUGGAUUAUUGACCCGGUCUGGAUUAUUGACCCGGUCUGGGUUAUUGACCCGGUCUGGGUUAUUGGCUCGGUCUGGAUUAUUGACCCGGUCUGGAUUAUUGACCCGGUCUGGGUUAUUGACCCGGUCUGGAUUAUUGGCUCGGUUUGGAUUAUUGGCUCGGUCUGGAUUAUUGGCU